AAAGAAUUUAUCUUCCAAGAAAAUAUAAAUGGAUUACAAGUUCUUAUUGAUUACAAACCAGAAGAGGGAUUGUUUGACGAUGGGAAUGCAAUAAAAUGGCUGGAUAAGUUAUCCCUGGAAAUACUAUAUCGAUGCAGAUCAGACAUUACCAGGCAGGAACUUGGACCAAACUCGUUAUUCGUUGCUCUUCAAACUGCUUUACAAAGACAGAUUGAAAAAAUAGAAAGAAAAACUUUGGAUAAAACAUUAACAUCUUGGGAAUCCCUUAAAGAAACACUUAAAACGUGCAUUUCUAAUACCAAGAGCACUAAGAUACUGCGCGAGUUUUCCAAAACGAUGGAAUGGAAAGAUAUGACAAAAAAUGAACCAGCUAUUUAUACCUGGCUUCCGUUUUAUGUCAUGUUUGCCGCAGAUGCAUUCUCGGUGAACGUUGUUGUUCUUUGUUACCCGUCAGAAGAGGAAGUUAUAUUUUAUCCUACAAAACCUACAGGGAGAGAAAUUAGAAUCGGUUUGAUCAACAAACAGCACUACGUUUGCAUUAUUCCGAAAGACGAAGAGAAGAAACACACCGAGAAGGUGAAAAACUUGGAACUUUCCAUUAAAGAUUUAAAGACACGCAUUCAACUCAAAAAUAAUCAAAUAAGUGAACUGAAAGAAAAGGAUAAGAAAAAUAAAGAAGCAAUUUCUAGACUCGAGGCUGAAAAAGGAAAACUCGAAGAAGAACUGGCAGAAAAAGAACAAGAAAAAGCAGACUUGAUUAAAUGUGCAGCUGAGGAAAUGCAAACAACUUGUCAGAAAUUAACAGAGCAAUUGACGGCAAAAUUCAUUGAAGAGUUUGCAUUAAAGAUUGCAGGUUUUACUGAAAAAUGAAUCUGGAAAGUAACAGUCACAUUUUAAUAGUGGAUGUUUUAUUUUAAUUUUGAAAAUUCUCUUUUUAAAUCUUU